AUGGAGAGCGUCAUGCAUCCCAGCUGGAGGGAGAUAGUCAACAAGAAGCUGAAGUUCCCCAGCGAGCUCCUCGACGCCAUCCAGGAGGGGGACCUGUUGCGGGUGCAGCAGCUGCUGCAGGGAAGCGACGGGAUCCUGCAGCAGCAGGCCGACAGUGAGGACCGUGCGUGGCGGGAAGCCCUCAACCUGGCCAUCCGCAUGGGCGGUGGGGAGAUCACUGGGACCCUGCUGCGCUACGUCAAGUUCGACUUCCGCCAGAUCCACGAGGCCCUGCUGGUCGCCGUGGACACCAACCAGCCCCAGGUGGUGAAGCUGCUGCUGGACAGGCUGGACCAGGAAAAGAGCAUCAAGAUGGACAUCAAGUCCUUCUCCUUGGCCUUCUUCGACCGCUCCAUUGAUAACGCCCGCUUCGCCCCCGGCGUGACGCCGCUCACCCUGGCCUGCGAGAAGGACCUCUACGAGAUCGUAGACAUGCUGGUGCAGAAAGGCCACGCCAUCCCCCGGCCCCACAAGAUCUCCUGCACCUGCCUGGAGUGCAGCAACGGCCGCAAGUACGACCUGCUCAAGUUUUCCCUCUUCCGCAUCAACACCUACAAGGGCAUCGCCAGCCGGGCCUACCUCUCCAUCGCCAGUGAGGAUGCCAUGCUGACCGCCUUCAAGCUCAGCCGGGAGCUGCAGCGCCUCUCCUGCAAGGAGCCGGAGUUCAAGCCAGAGUACCUUAGUCUGGAGCUCCUGAGUCAGGAGUUUGCCUUUGAGCUGCUGGGGAUGUGCCGUAACCAGAGCGAGGUGACAGCCGUGCUGAAUGACCUGGGGGACAGCGAGGAGGAGGAGGAGGAGCUGGAUAGCCAGGCCUUCGAGGAGGGCAUCCCCAACCUCGCCCGGCUCCGGCUGGCCGUCAACUACAACCAGAAGAAGUUUGUUGCCCAUCCCAUCUGCCAACAAGUGCUCUCGUCCAUCUGGUGCGGGAACCUGUCGGGCUGGCGCGGGAGCAACACGCUCUGGAAGUUCUUUGUCUCCUGUUCCAUCUUCCUGACCAUGCCCCUCCUGUGCCUGGUGUACUGGAUUGCCCCGAAGUCACGGGUUGGCAAAAUGCUGAAGAUCCCAGUGAUCAAGUUUCUCCUCCAUUCAGCCUCGUAUUUCUGGUUUCUGAUCUUUCUGCUGGUGGAGUCCUUGUUCCUGGAGCACAAGAAUCACAUCUUCUUGGGACGCAAUCAGACCGUGUGGGAGAACUCCCUGCACAUGGUCUGGGUGGCCGGCUUCUUCUGGUACGAGUGCAAGGAGGUGUGGAUCGAGGGGCUGCAUAGCUACCUCCUGGAUUUGUGGAACUGCCUGGACAUCGUCAUCCUCAGCCUGUACCUGGCCUCGUUCACACUGCGGGUACUGGUCGCCGGGAGGGGCCACCUGCACUGCCUGGACGCCCCUUCCUCGCCGGAGUGCUACUACUUCACCAGAGCCGGACGGCACGAGUGGCAGCCCGAAGACCCCCAGUUCGUCGCUGAGGUGCUGUUUGCGGUGACCAGCAUGCUGAGCUUCACCCGCCUGGCCUACAUCCUCCCCGCCCAUGAGUCCCUGGGCACCCUGCAGAUCUCCAUCGGGAAGAUGAUCGACGACAUGAUCCGGUUCAUGUUCAUCCUCAUGAUCAUUCUCACCGCGUUCCUGUGCGGACUCAACAACACCUACGUUUACUACCAGGAGUCCCAGCGACUGGGGAACUUCAACGAGACAUUCCAGUUCCUGUUCUGGACCAUGUUCGGGAUGGAGGAGUACAGUGUGGUGGACAUGCCCCAGUACGGCCUGGCGGAGUUCGUGGGGCGGGCGCUCUACGGGAUCUUCACCAUCGUUAUGGUCAUCGUCCUUCUCAACAUGCUCAUCGCCAUGAUCACCAACUCCUUCCAGAAAAUUGAGGACGAUGCGGACGUGGAGUGGAAGUUCGCCCGCUCCAAACUCUACCUGUCCUACUUCAGGGAGGGCCUGACGCUGCCUGUGCCGUUUAACGUCAUUCCCACACCGAAGUCCCUCUUCUACUCAGUCAGGGGCAUCGUCAGGUUCGUUUGCUGCUCCAAACCCAAGAGGCAACAGGAUUACCCCCCAAUUCCAACCAUCGCUAACGCCAUCCUGGAGGACGUUGGCCUGGGCGGGGAGAGCUGCCGUUCCUAUCGGCUGCAGGUCGUCAAGGCUCUGGUGCAGCGCUACAUCGACACGGCCAGGCGGGAGUUUGAGGAGAGCAGGAGGAAAGACCUGGGGAACCGUAUCACCGAGCUGAACAAGUCAGUGUCGCGCCUGCACACGGAGGUGAAGCAUCUGCAUCACAGCCUGCCCGCCCACCCUGCUCCCGCCAGCCCUCUGGAUGGGGCCAGUGUGCUGCACAGAUACAUCCUGCGGGUCCAGGACAACUUCCAGAACUUCAGCCAGGCCGCGGGCAGCUCCGGGCCGGGCUCCCCUGCCCAGGUGAUGGUGCAUCAGGAUGGGGCUGCCGGGAACGACCCCCAGCCCUACCCCAAGGCGCUCUCCCUUGGCCCCCAGCACGCGAUGUCUCCUGGGGACGGCGCCGGGGAAGGAGACCAAGCAGUAGAGCCGAGUUCCCAUCCAGCAGAGGAAGCCAACUCCGGCCCCAGCCUCUAGUGGCUCAGGGCAGCGUUUCCACGGCGAUGCAGAGCCAAGCAAUAAUAGCAACGCUCAUCACGUCUAGGGCAGCCGAAGGAUCUCAAAGCAUGUCGUAUGCUGCUCCUGCUGGCUUGUGCCCCACCCCAAGCAAGUAGGGAGCUCGCUGCCUCUCCCACACGGGGUCGGGCGCUGACGGCCCAGUCAGGCUCUCUGUCCAGGGGCAGCUGCUUUGAUAGAGAGCAGUCUGAGUAGCGGAGCUCCCCGUCCAGUCAUUAGGCAGAUGGGCUGUAGCACCAGCUGAGUUUCUUUUGCUUUGAUUCAAUGUUUAUGUCAAGUCCUUGGGUGUUACCGACUGGGCCCCUGCAAUUUAAAUAUAAAACCCCGGAGAAAAUACGUCCAACCACUGUGCCCACCACUGACAUGCUUCCCCCUCUGGGGCGCCACGAGGCAGCUGAUUGACAGCGAUUGUUUGAUCUGAGAGCUGCCUGGGUCACGGUGGAAAGAGAGGGAGAGCAGGGGCCAGGAGAUCUAUUUGAAGUGUGUCUGAGCAAGGGGCUGGCCCAGUGGCACAGGACUAGCACAAGGCACUGUCAUGCUGGGGAUCCUGCCUCAGGGCCAGGCUGGGAGUGCUGCAGGGUGCUCGGAGCCGGGGGUUGACUCGUCCUCUAGGGCCCAGCUCCAUGUGAUGCUGGAGUGGGACAGACAAGCUGCGCAGUGAGCUGUGUGCAGCCAUUGUAUAGACUGUCCCAUGUAUCCAUCUGGGAGGGAAAUCAAGGGGACUCCUAGAGACAGUGAAGCCAGUCUCUGCCUUCCUGGCCUGCCAGCUGAGGUCUUGCUCAUAGUCUGUUGUAGGUGCAAUUCUGCGAUCAGGAGGU